ACGAACAGUUAGAAGAUGCAAUUGUUUAUGCUGGCAAUUACUCAACGACAGUAAACCCAUCAAUGAAUAUGACAAAUCUUUACGUGGUUCCAAAAAUGAGAAACAAACGACACUUUACCAAGGAACUAGAAGAUCCAAUAAUUGCACGAUACAUUUUAGUAGAGUUGUCACAGAAAGUGAUGGCGUUGUGUGAAUUAAAAUUAUAUGAGAAAGAAUGUGAAAUUGGACAUUUUGGAACUGGCUGUAUACAUAAAUGUAAUUGUAAAGACAAUCAUGCAUGUAACCAAGUAACAGGUAAAUGUCAGACACCAGGUUGUUUAGCAGGGUGGCAAGGAGAGGCGUGUGAAAAUGUUUGUGAUGUCCACAAGUUUGGUGAUGGAUGCAGCAACACUUGCAACUGUAAAGAUGGUACUUUAUGUGAUAAUACUAAUGGAAUAUGCUUUAUUGGGCAAUGUGAUCCCGGAUGGAUUCUACCAACCUGCAGCGAAGAUGUAAACAUUUUGAGGCGCUUGGAUGUGCAAACAGCUAUGUCAUCAACAUUACUUAAUUGGACUUCAAAUCGUGCAAUCGAUGAAAAAAUUGGUCCAGUACCUGAGGUUUGCAAUUGCUGUAGCGGCACAAAGAAUUCCCAAUUGUCUUGGUGGACAGUAGAUUUAGGACAAAGGUAUCCUAUCAGUAGCGUUACUGUGUACAGUAGAGACAACGAGGAAAAAUAUAAACAACUUACCGAUUUCAAGCUUUAUUUUUCUAAUAAUACGGGACAACGUUCAUAUCAUCUGGUUGAAAAUACCACGAGGCGGAUAGAUGGAAAUGAACAUGUGCUAACUUUUUCAAAUCAGCUAACAAGAUAUAUUAAGAUCGAGAGACCAGGCAUCCUGACUUUGUGUGAAGUUUUGGUGACUGAAGGGGAAUGUGAGGUAGGAACAUUUGGCGAGGAAUGCUCCCAAAUUUGUCACUGUGCCGAUGAACGUGCAUGUGAUAAAAGAAAUGGAUAUUGUCAGUCAGAUGCAUGUAAAUCUGGUUGGAUCGGUAAAUCUUGUAACCAAGAAUGUCCGAAGAACACUUUUGGAGACAAGUGUAGUGAGAGCUGUUUUUGUGCAGAUGGUACAUGUACUAACGACUAUGGGAUAUGUGAAAACGGUUGCCAAGACGGAUACACUGGUUUCCAUUGUAAUCAAGUUGAUGAAAUGAACAAUCAAACCCACCAGGGAGAAAAGGAGAAGAAUGCAACAGCUCUCGUAGCAGGUGUUGUCAGUGGAUCAAUAAUUGUCCUGAUACUUAGCGCUUUAUUUGUUGCUGUUUUAAUAUUUAGAAAGAGAAAAAGUAAGAAAAAUAAAAGUCACUACUCAACGCCAAAGUCUCGAGCUGCACAAGAUGAUCCAGAUUAUGACACUUUGGAUGUACCCAAUUAUAACCAGGGCCAAAUGAGUACAGCGUAUGAAAAUGAAGUUGUAUCUAGCAUGUGAUGCACUUGACUCGAAGAAGGAUGAUAAUUAUUUUGUACAUGAAAGUUUAGAUCGUAAAAAAUGAUUUAUAACAGAGACAGCGUUCGAUAUAAUGUACCAAUGCUUAUCAUUUAAGUGUUAUAACACCAAAUAAACUGUUGAUGAAUUUCUCUAACAUGAACCCUGUUUGUUUCCAAUUAAUUCCUAACACGACGUAUUGUUAUUACUUUUAAUCACAAAAUCGGUACAAUAUAUUGUACAAGAGGUUAAAGUUACACAUUGAUUGAACAUUUACAUUCAUUAACAAUAUUGCUAGCGGUUAUCUUAUCAAAUAUGUCUCACUACGCGUCAUAUGUAAAAAAAUCAAUUUAUUUUGUAUCUCUAAGAUUUCGAAUAUAUUUAGAAAUAUUUAUAUGUUGUUUCUUGUUUAGUACAAGCUUUAAACCCAAUUGUUUCGACCGUCCCAGUUUGUUUCGGUGCUCCAUUCUGUAUGUCUUACACUUAAUUGUGGUUUAUGAUAUUUUCCUUAAUAGCUUUGUCGUAGAAGAAAGUGCCACUGUUCAUUUAAAAUACAUCUGACAUGCUCUAUAUUAUAGAGAAUGUGAUGAUUUUUGUGUAACUUCAGUUGUUGCAUUUAACAGCAUUUAAUCGUGUGAUUAUAAUUAUUUCUGUGGCAUGUUUGUACAAAAUUAAUCAUUUCUGUAUUAUACAUGUAGCACUUUUCUUCUUUCAUUCGAACAAAACUAACGUAUGUUGGAUGUACUGUAAUUGUGUACUCUUUUCAAGUUUAUUGUGUACGUAUUUUGGCAAGUAUACA